UAGGUAAAUCACGUCACGGGUAUAAGAUGACGGACUGAAACACUCAAGUCCCAUCUGAAAGUCUGUGACCUCAUUGAAAGCGACCAAAAUUUACGGUUAUAUUUAACUGUUUUGUUGUAGAAUAGUCAACAAGCUGAAUAAGGAAAUAAGUUUAUUUGAAAACAGACUUGUGAGUGAUUUUUUUAAUCAUUAAUAGUAGUUGUUUCUUUACGGGAAAUUACCAUUUGGACGCAUCCAUUCGGGGAAGCUCUGAGCAACUGAGCAACCAAUUAUGGGAGACUGGGGAUUUCUCUCAGCUUUACUGGACAAAGUACAGUCCCACUCCACCGUCAUUGGCAAGAUAUGGAUGAGCGUCCUUUUCAUCUUCAGGAUCCUGGUGUUGGGAGCAGGAGCUGAGAGCGUGUGGGGUGAUGAGCGAUCCAACUUAGUAUGCAACACCAACACGCCUGGUUGUGAAAAUGUGUGCUACGACUGGAAGUUCCCCAUCUCGCAUAUUCGCUUCUGGGUCAUGCAGAUCAUCUUCAUUUCCACUCCGACUUUGGUGUAUCUGGGCCAUGUGGUACAUGUCAUCCACCAAGAGAACAAACUGAGAGAGGAGCAGAAAAGGAACCCGAUGUCGAAGUCGCCAAAAUACACAAACGAAAACGGGAAGAUUGUGAUCAAAGGAACCAUGCUGGGUAGCUACUUGACCCAACUGUUUAUAAAGAUCAUUUUCGAGGUGGCUUUCAUCGUCGGACAGUAUUAUCUGUUUGGAUUUAUCAUGCCGCACAAGUUCCACUGUAAAACAUUGCCAUGUACGACAGAAACAGAGUGUUUUAUAUCCAGACCCACAGAGAAAACCAUCUUCAUUAUCUUCAUGCUGGUGGUGGCUUGUGUGUCUCUGGCCUUAAAUGUUCUAGAAAUAUUCUAUUUGCUUUGUAAGAGAAUAAGUAGGGGGAAUAAGAAAUAUAAGACUGCGAUGUAUGCUGGUGAAUCCCAUUAUCCUUCAUCUUUUCCGGUAGAACUUGAGCCUGUUAAUGGAAUGAGACACAAUGAGUUAAACACGGCCUUGCAGAACAAAUGGGGUCAAAGAAAAGGCAGUCUUGAUGAAGCCAAACCUGAGCCAUAAGUCAUUGUGUCAUAUUCAGGCUGGUAACACUUCUAGAAAAAUACAUAACUAAUAUAAUCAACUUUAUUCAGAAAUAGUAAUAUAAUCAAUUAUGGUAAAACUUGAAAAAUAUUGUUAAUUGUAUUAACUGAACACUAGAUGGCGCUGUAAUCUUCUUGAGUUGCACUCACUAACCCCCUUACUUCUGUCACUACAAGGCCAGUGAUUUUUUUUUUGUCUGUUUCUAUAGUUUUUAUAGCCUUUUUAUUUCAACUUUCAACAAGUUUUUAUAAACCAAGAAUAAAUGUGUAAAUGAAAA